GGGCGGUUUACGACGUGAUUACAAACUUUCAUUUUCAUUCAGUGUGUCCCCAGACUCAGCCAUGGCUGGUCGCGGUAAGCAGGGUGAGCUGACAGAGUAUAAGAAGAGUCAGAUAAAGAGAGAUCUGGAGAUGGGGAUCGUGAUGACCGUCUUCAGACAGAGGAUGGAGAGACUGACUGUGCAGGUGAUUAUGGAGACCAGACAGGUGGCUUGGACUCGCACCGCCGACAAGACAGAUGGAGUCUUGGACCUGGCUGAAAUCCGGGAAGUGCGGCCGGGGAAGAACUCAAAGGACUUUGAGCGGUUUAAAGACAGCAAAGACAAGCACGCAGACAACACCUGCUUCACCAUCUUCUACGGGUCUCAGUUUGUUCUGAACACUUUGAGUCUGGGAGCUGACUCACCUGAGGAUGCAGAGAAAUGGCUCACAGGGUUGGAUUUACUCAGGAAGGAAACAUUGGAGGCCCAUACACCAGCCAUUGUAGAGAGUUGGCAGCGAAAACAGAUGUAUUCCAUUGAUCAGACGAAGAAGAACAGUAUCACACUGAAAGAGCUGAAAUCUUUGCUGCCUCAAAUCAACUUCAAAGUUCCCAGCACUCGUUUCCUGAAGGACAAGUUUACGGAGAUCGGAGCCAAAAAAGAUGUCCUUGAUUUUGAGCAGUUUCAUAAGUUCUACAAUUAUUUGAUAUUUGAUAACCAGAAAAUGAUUCUGGACGAGUUUAAAAAGGAGUCAUGUGAAUUCAUCAUGGGAAACACGGACAAACCUGAUUCCUCUGUUGUUCACCUUUAUGAUUUUCAAAGAUUCCUGCUCUACCAGCAGAAGGAGACAUGGGCCAAUAAUGUGAACCAGGUGAGGGAGUUGAUGACCAUCUUUAUUGAUGACACAAUGAGGAGAACAAAUGACCCUGAGUUCACAGUGGGUGAGUUCCUCAGUUUUCUGUUUUCGAAAGAGAACUCGAUUUGGGAUGAAAAAUACUCAGAGAUCUGCAGUCUGGACAUGAACAACCCCCUGUCUCAUUACUGGAUCAACUCUUCACACAACACUUAUUUGACUGGUGACCAGUUACGCAGUGAAUCCUCCACAGAAGCCUAUGUGAGAUGCCUCAGACUGGGCUGUCGCUGCAUUGAACUGGACUGCUGGGAUGGUCCAGGGGAGCCAAUCAUAUACCAUGGAUGGACCCGGACCACUAAAAUCAAGUUUAAAGAUGUCGUCAAGGCCAUUAAUGAUCACGCCUUUGUCACAUCUGAGUACCCUGUGGUGCUGUCCAUUGAGGAGCACUGUUGUGUAGACCAGCAGAGGCAGAUGGCGAGAAUCUUUAAAGACGUCUUCCAGGACAAGCUGCUGACGGAGCCCGUGGAGCUGAUCGCUGAACAGCUCCCGUCUCCCACUCAGCUCAAGGGCAAGAUCAUCCUCAAGCACAAGAAGCUGAAUAUGGAUUUGAAUAUGGAGAACAGGAGAGAUGUGCGUAAGGGGGAGAAACAGGGAGAACUUUACAUCUGGGAUCCGAUUGACGAGCGGUGGUACAGGCAUUACUGUGUGAUCUGUGACGACAAGCUUUACUAUGCAGAGGAGAGUGAGUUAGAGGAGGAUCAGCUCAAGGGCACUCCAGAGCUCCACCAAUCAGAGCCCUGGUUCCACGGGCGCAUGUCAGAGGGGCGUCAGACAGCCGAGCGGCUGCUACAGGAGUUCAGCGCCGAGUCCGGGGGAAGAGACGGCACCUUCCUGGUGCGGGAGAGCGACACCUUCGUCAAUGACUGCACCCUGUCAUUCUGGCGUGGAGGAAGAGUCCAGCACUGCCGAAUCCGCUCCAUGUCCGAGGGAGGUCACACCAUAUUCUUCCUGACGGAAAACCUGCACUUCCCUAGUGUCUAUGCUCUGAUCCAGCACUAUCGCGAGAGUCCACUCCGCUGCCAGGACUUUAACCUGCGUCUCACAGAUGCUGUUCCACGACCCAACCAGCAUGUGCAUGAGGGCUGGUACUACAGUAAUCUGAGUCGAGGUGAGGCAGAGGAAUACGUAAUGAGGAUACCUAGAGACGGAGCCUUUCUCAUCCGACAAAGAGAGGACCCUGACUCAUACGCCAUCACCUUCAGGGGAGACGGACUGGUCAAACAUUGUCGAAUCCAGAAAGAAGGCUCCGUGUACGUGCUGGGAAACACCAGUGAAUUUGAGAGUCUGGUGGAACUGGUCAACUACUUCCGCAACAAGCCCCUCUACCGAAAAAUUAAGCUCCGCUACCCAGUCACUCCAGAGCUGGUGAACCGCUUCAGCAUGGAGACUGACUGCGCAGCACUGUAUGACAUAAAGACAUAUGUGGAGCCCAACGAGAUUGAGCCAUCACUACCCCAGAGUACAGUGAAAGCACUCUACGACUACAGAGCCAUGAGACCGGACGAACUGUCUUUCUGCAAGGGAGCUCUGAUCCACAAUGUUGCUAAGGAGGCCAAUGGAUGGUGGAGAGGGGAUUACGGGGGGAAGCUGCAGAUGUACUUUCCUGCUAACUAUGUGGAGGAGGUGUCAGACAGCACCAAAGCUGAGCAGAAAGAUCAGCCAGAGGAGGACAAUCCUUUAGGUGACCUGUGUAAAGGGAUGGUUGAGCUCUCCCAGUGCAAUGUGGUGCGCUCGGAGAAGAAUGGCAAGGCCCACAUGCUAAUGCUGCAGAAUAAACACGAUAAGGGGCUGAUGUCAUUUGACAUUGCCACAGAUUCAUGGGAGGACCUAUAUGAGUGGUACCAAGUCAUAUGGAGCAUUACCCAACAAGAACAACACAAGGAGUAUAAGAUAAAGCAGCAGAAAGAAUUUGAGAACAAAAAUGAGGUGGCCAUUGAGAUGUCUGAUCUGGUGGUUUACUGCAUCCCUAGGAGCAAAGAGAAGGAUAGAUUUGACACCUGGGACUAUAAAGAGGUCCGCUCGUUUGCGGAGAACAAAGCUCCGUCCAGGAACAGAACACGAGACUUCUUACGGUACAACCGCAAGGCCUUGAGUCGUAUCUACCCCAAAUCUCAGCGAGUGGAGUCUUCCAACUACGACCCUUACUCGUUCUGGAUGUGUGGCUCCCAGAUGGUAGCGCUCAACUUCCAGACUGCAGAUAAAGCUAUGCAGCUCAACAGCGCCCUCUUCAGUAUGAAUGGAGGAACAGGUUAUGUACUACAGCCAGAGUUGAUGAGGACUGAUAGCUAUGACCCACUGCAGGAGAAGAGGAAAGUCAAGUUCACCAUCACAGUUCGAGUCAUCGGAGCACGUCACCUCCCCAAGCUGGGCCGAAGCAUCGCCAGUCCCUUUGUGGAGAUAGAGCUGUGUGGCCAGACAGAGGACAACAAGUUCAAGACUACUGUCUGCCACGACAACGGGCUGAACCCGGUCUGGCUCGGUCCGCAUCGCCUGCCCGCCGAGGCCGUGACCUUUACCGUGUACGAGCCCGAGCUGACCUUCCUACGCUUCGUGGUCUUUGAGGAGGACAUGUUCUCCGACCCCAACUUUCUGGCUCAAGCCACCUUCCCCGUCAGAGGCAUCCGCUCAGGUUAUCGUUCGGUCCCCUUGAAGAAUGGAUACAGUGAAAGACUGGAGUUGGCAUCUCUGCUGGUAUAUGUUGAUGUUCAACAGGUGGAGAAAGCAGAGGAGGAGCUGUAUUCGUCCUCCAGCCAAUUACGGAAAAGACAGGCGGAGCUAAGCAACGAGCUCUUCCUAUACGACACACACUCCAACAUUCAGCGUACCCUUCCUCAGCAGAGGCGUGAUGACCUCAUGCAGGAGUUCAGCUCCAAUGAGACGCAGCUCCAGAGAAUCCAAGAGACCUGCAAACAGAAGAUGAAGGAGAAGAAGAUAAACAACAGUAGGUUCUACUCCUGAGGGGAACAAAGGCAUCAGGGCUUGUGUUUGGGAUAGGGCUGAGGAGCCGGGGCCCUUUACCUCGUUUAGCACGGCUGGCUAACACAGUCACGCUACUGGAACAGACUGGAUCUCUGGAUUUACACGCUUUUUGGGACUUCACAGCGCUAACUGGAAUCUAUGUGCUUUGUCCGUGUUUUAAUUUGUUUUUUUUGGGGGGUUUUUGUUUUUCCAAGUGUGUGUGAGUGUGUGUGUGUGUG